AUAGGCCUUACUAUAACCACACAAUAAAUCUGUUUAAUUGCCUUCUUCUCCCAGUUAUGAUCAAAUUAGGAUCAUACCUCAUAUCUUGUAACUUGGGUAGAGUAUUAUCCUCUUCAAGCUAUACUCAAAUUAACAUAAGUCCAAAUUUUGGCAUUACAAGAAAAAGACAGAACCACAACUAUAAAAACAUCAGCGUAUCCAACAUAGAUACCAUUCUUAUCUAUCAACAUCUUCAUCUUCAUCAUCUGAUUAGCUUGUUUCAAAGAUGAGCAAAUUAGAGCUGGUGUUUGUGCCUGCCCCAGCCGUUGGUCACCUUGUUUCGACAUGCAAGUUUGCAGAAAAGUUGUUUGAUAGAGAUGAAAGGUUAUGUAUAACAAUUCUGAUCAUAAGGCCACCCCCACCAUGGGAUGUCAGCAUAGAUGCCUACAUCAAACGAAGCUCCUCUGCUCCGGAGGGCAGACGAAUUCGAUAUAUCACGCUUCCUCAAGCCGAACCGCCACCUGCAGAAGAACUAGCCAAGUCCAUUGAGAACUAUUUCUCUCUAUUAAUAGCAAAUUAUCGACCCAUCGUCAAGGAAGCAAUUAUCAGCAACAAGUGGCCUGAUUCGAACCCGAAAAUUAUUGGCCUAGUCAUUGAUAUGUUUUGUAGUGCAAUGAUUGAUGUAGCAAAAGAAAUUGACAUUCCUUCCUAUCUUUUCUUCACUUCUGGUGCAGGUUUUCUUGGUUUCUUGUUAUACCUGUCCGUUUGGCAUGAAAAAGUUGGGAGAGAAUUUAACAGAUCUGAUGCUCAUUUAAAGAUAGCAUCCUAUGCUCAUCCAGUACCCUCAAAAGUAUUGCCUACUUUUGCAUUCAGCAAGGAAGGUUACGACUCAUUUCGCGAACAUGGUGUCAGGUUCAAGGAAACUAAAGGAAUUCUCAUCAACACAGUUGCGGAAUUCGAAAGCCAUGCUGUAAAUAGCUUAGUAUCUGAUCCUGAAUUACCUCCAGUUUACACGGUAGGAUUUCUUAAUGACCUUGAGGGACAAAAAGGUAAGGGAAAUUCCAAGACUGAAGAUGAAGAAAUCAUGAAAUGGCUAGACAAGCAGCCACCUUCAUCUGUUCUUUUUCUGUGCUUUGGAAGCGCGGGUAUUUUUGAGCCACCACAGCUAAUCGAGAUGGCAAUUGCACUCGAACGAUGUGGGGUUAGAUUCUUGUGGUCAAUACGCCGUCCUGUGGAUGCUGAACCUUCAAAAUUUGAGGAGAUAUUCCCAGAAGGGUUCUUGGAGAGGACAAAAAAUAGAGGAAUAGUAUGUGGAUGGGCACCCCAAGUCGAUAUCUUGGCUCACGGGGCAACUGGAGCAUUCGUAUCUCAUUGUGGGUGGAAUUCGAUUGUAGAGAGUGUAUGGCAUGGAGUUCCAAUUGUGACAUGGCCCCUUUAUGCAGAACAACAUAUCAAUGCGUUUCAAUUGGUGAAUGAUCUUGAGAUAGCAGUUGAGUUGACAUUGGAUUACAGGAUGCUCGAAAGUGAUCAUAGUGAAAGUGUGAAGGCACAGGAGAUGGAGAAAGCUAUAAGAUGCAUAAUGGACAGCGAAAAUCCCAUGAGGAAGAAAGUCAAAUAUAUGGAAGAGAUUUGCAGGAAGGCGCUGAUGGAGGGUGGAUCUUCUUUCAAUUCUAUGGGACGAUUUGUUGAAACUAUUCUUGAUUCCUAGCACUGAGAGGAGAAGAAUUUUACAUUCUGUACUCUUUAUGGUGUGCUUGUUUCAUUUCAGUAUGUCACUGAACCAGAUAAGAGCUGUUUCUAAGGUGUGAGUGUAGUUAUAUUUAUUAAUUGGUGAUUCCUAGGAGCGUCAUAACAGUAAUUUGCUUUAUCUAGUGACUAGUAAGAUAUAUCCUCCAUUUCUCUGAAAGUGAUUCUUCACUUUCUUAUCUUGGGAUAUAUGAAAAACUUCUCUGUAAACUUCAUUUGCCAAAUUGUACUUAUUACACAUAAAGUUCUUAUUCACUUGCAGUUUUUACUCUAAAA